CGAGGAGGUAGGAUGUGCGUGUCGCCUUCUCCGUCUGGCUCUCACUCGCCCGCUAACAUUCGCCCCUUGUGGAACGCUUUGACAGAGAGAGAGAGAGAGGGAGAUCGGUGGGCGGUAUAGUGACUCGGCGAGGCUUGGGAGAGCGUCAGGAAGACUUUAAACGAAACUAAAAUGAGAACACUCGUAAUGGAAGUAAGAGAGAUAUGCAGGCAAGGAACGAGCGACUAAGUGUGUGUGUGUUAGUAUGUGUUGGCAAAUCUAAAGUGUUGUGAAAGAUUAAACGAAGACGCCGAGAGCUAUUGUACUGAUGCAAGAACGAAGGAAGGACGGAAAGAAGGGAGGAAACUGAAUUGAAAAGAAGGAAGGCAUGAAGGAAGGAAGAGUUAACAUAUUGUACUACUAAAUAAAUAAAACUAAAAUGGAAAGAUUAAGAAAGACAUUGAACUGAGAACCGGAAAAGAAGGAAAGAAGGAAGGAAACUGAAUUGAAAAGAAAGAAGGCAUGAAGGAAGGAAGAGUUAACAUAUUGUACUACUAACUAAAUCAACCUAAAAAGGGAAGAAAAGAAAGACAUUGAAUAGAAAGCGAGAAAAGAAAGAAAGAACGAAGGAAACUGAAUUGAAAAAAAAGGAAGAAAGGAAUUAACGAAGGAAAAGGAAGGAGGGAAGAGACAACAUACGGAACUACUAACUAAAUCAAUCUAAAAAAACAAAAAGAAGAAGAAACGAAAGACAUUGAAUUGAAAACGAGGAAACAAGGAAAGAAAUGAGAAAGGAAAGGCUAACAUAUGAUACAAAGCCGAAUUGAAAGAAGGAAGGAAAGUGCAUGGAAAGAAAGGAAGGGAUGGAAGGAAGGAAGGAAGAACUAGCAUGUGAUAAAACGGGGAACUAAAAAAAAAGAAAGAAGAAAGAAAAGAAGGAACGAAAAAAGGAAAAAAAGACUAACAUAUGAUACAACGUAAGAUUCAAAGGAGGAAACAAAUGACAAACGACAGAAAGCGAAAUAAUAAUAAUAAUAGCGUGUGAAAAGUGGAGGAAAUGUAUAUAAUCAUUGCAUACGUAUAAUGAAGUGAUGAGAAUGUGCUGAUGCUAAACGAAAAAAAUCAAAGAAGGAAAAGAAAAUAGGAAGCCGAGGUAAGUCAGUGUUUGAAAAUCGUGUCAGGAGAACAUUGACCAUUGAAAAAAAACUCGCUUGUAAAAAAAAAUAAAAAAAGAAGGAAAGUAAGAGAAAAGUAACCAAAGCUAAGAACACGAAAGUUAUAUAUAAGAAAAACUUGUUGGUAUAAAAAAAGAUUCCGGGAAAAUAUUGGUUUGUAAGAAAUUAAAAAAGAAGGAAACUAAGUACGAGGUAACCAAAUUAAAAUAAAACGAAAAGAUAUAGAAAAAAAUAAUAAUUGGUAAAACAUAAAAGAAAAAAAAAGCCAAGUUAGCGAAAUGACGUAAAUAAAACAAGACGGACAAUGUGCAUAAUAAAUGAUAAAAAAGAAUAAACGAUAAAAAUAAAUGAAAAAAUGAAGUGAAGGAUAAACGAGAAAAAGAAUAAAUGAUAAAGAACAAACAAGGAGAAAAAAGACGAACAAUGUGAAUAAUAAAUACCAGAAAGAAUAAACGAUAAAAUAAAUGAGAAACCAAAUGAAUAACCGAAGUGGAGAAUAAAUGACAGAAAAAAAGGAAAUUGGAAACAAGAGAAAGUAAACACUGAACCAGAUAAUCUCUUGCUUGUGUGUGCGUGUGUGUGCGCGCGCGCAUGUACGUGUGUGCGUGCGUUGCAUUCAUACAUGUAAAUACACUAGUGACCUUUUAUGCGUGUGACCUCGUUCCGUGUGACCCAAGAUGGUGACUUCUUCGCAGCGGCAGCGCUCAGCAUCAGGCUGUGACCGAGGUGGCUGUACCUGACCCCACCACCACCAUCACCACCAUUAUAAAAAAAAUAUCAGAAGGAGGAGGGAAGAGAGAGAGGAGGAAGAGAACAUGAAAACCAACAAUAAAAGAGGCAUCACCACCACCACCAGUAUCACCACCACCAGAACCGAUCAACACCAACAACUCCAAUCAACUCCGCCACCGCCACCGAAACGACCUCUACUUCUUCUACUACCACCACCACGACCGCAACUACUACUACCACUACUGCUACUAUCCCUCCUACUACUACUACUACCGUCACCUGCCUGGGCCCAGAAGCCACCUCCUAAUUACUCCCACGACCAUCUACCUGACACUACCUUUACCUGUGAUGAUAAGGCCACGGGAGGUUACUACGCCGAUCCCGAAGCUGGCUGUCAGAUGUUCCACGUGUGUGUUAGAGUGUCCGACGAUGAGAUCCGGGACUUCCGUUUUCUGUGCCCCAACAACACCGUGUUCGACCAGCAAAACUUCAUCUGCACGAACUGGUGGGACAUCGACUGCCAGAGAUCGACUCGUUACUACAGCAAGAACGACCUCUUCCGCGUUGACGACCACCAACAACAGAGCCAACAGGAAGAUCACACGCAACAGACAACGGGGAGCGAGUAUGAGGAAGGAGGAGGAGGAGGAGGAGGAGGAGGGGGAGGGGGAGGGGGAGGGGGAGGUGGGGGAGGAGGAGGAGGAGGCAGGGGUAGUGGUGGUGGUGGUGGUGGGUAUUAUGAGUAUGCCUAUGAGUAUGAGGACCCACAAGUCAGAGAAGAUUUGGACUUCAGUGUGAGUUACUCCAACGACUACUCAACAACGACUAGCAUAAGUGGUAGUAGUAGUAGUAGUAGUGAUAGUAGUAGUGGUAGUGGUGGUGGUGGUGGUAGGAGGGGUAAGGUCCAGUCUACGACCUCUACUACUACUACCAAGGCACCUACCACGACUACAACCACUACUACGACCACUACGACUACCACUACUACGACGACUCCACGUCCUACUACUACUACAACGACAACUACCACGACUCAGCCUCCUUACCGUGUGGCGUCCUUCCGCGUGGGUCGUCCCGUGGUCAGCGUCAGUCGUUCCGUGAGCAGAGGACCGACAACGACCACCACGACCUCUUCGGGACCCAGAGGUGGCAACGAGAGAACGACCAGACUUCGCACGAGCCAGGAAACGACUUCGCGGGGACGAGUUCGAAGCCGGGAAAGGACCACUAGACAGGAGGAAGCCUUGAAAGACGCCGAAGUGGACGAACUGUACAAGGGCAUCGAGGAUCCCUUCGCGAACUUCGACUGGAGAAGAGAUUCCUCCGUCUCCUCCUCCGUCUCCUCCACUUCGGGCGUCACAGCAUCCACGAAAACGCGAUAUGAGCAAAGAUUCGGUUCCGGGCCACGAUCUCGCGUGCCUUCAAGAUCAGCGCCAACAGAACCUCCCGUAGCCACAACAACGCAACCCACGACUCCUUCCUAUGCCUGGAGAGCCCGAAGGAGGCGCGUGAGAGGCCGAGGAAGGCAGGAGGGCGUCGUGAGGGCCAGACAGGCGGUGCAGGACAGAGAUCGUGAGGAGUUUGCGAAGUUCCGGUACUAUAAAACGGCUUUCGGGCAGACGGACAACGGCGACGCCCAAGAACCUCCAGUGACCGAUGCCCCGACGACCGAUGAGACGCCCUCCAGUACCAGAAGAGCGCGAGUUCGGCCUGUUGGGUACUUCUCCUCGCGUUCUGCCUCACGGAACACGAGGUACGCGGUCUAUGGUUGAAGGAGGAAGAUCGGUGACUCGAGUUGGAACAAGAAACGACGGAGAGAGAUCGAGGAAGAAGAAGAAGUAGGAGAAGGAGGAGGAUAUCGUAGUAUUGAAACUAGAACGGGGAACAUUACUUUGAAACAGGACAUUACUUCUGAAACACCUAAGCUAUUCCUGUAGACUGAAACUUGCCUGAUAUGAACACAGAAACAUGUCUUACCAUAAAGCACAGCAGAAAUGAAGCUAACACAACAGCGACUGGGAUAAAACGACAUCUAAGAACUGUGGUAUGUAGUUAGUGAUCAACGGCCUAAUAUAAGUGCUGUGCAGACUGUAAUAAUGUGCAAUAAUUAUUCAUACUUAUCCACGGGAGAGUUAGCAACAUAUAAGAUUGGAAUAGAAGGAGUAAACUAUAAUGUGAUGUGAAGGUGAUUUAGUAAAGUGUGAAAAUAUGAAGUCUAUGAAAUCUAUGAACCUAAAUCUAGGAGAGUUAGCAAAUUAACGAGAAUGGAGAAGAAAACUUAAGCAAUGGUGAACUAUAGUAUCGAAUGAGAAGCAGAAAAAGAGAUAUUUGAGAAAGGUAAAGAAAAACAAAAUAAACUAACCACGAAAGAGAAAAGAAUAUGGAAAGAAGAAAAAAAAUAUGAAAGAGAACCAAAAUGAAAGGGAGAAAAUGAGAGAAAGAUGAAAGAAAGCAAAAACGAAAGGAGAAAAAUGAGAAAAAAUACGAUCAUGAUAAAAUAAGAGAAAAAAAAAGUUAACUGCAAGAAGAGAAAUAUUAAAAAAAGCAUUCUUAUUAUUUUUUAUUUGAACCUAAACUCAAGAAAACAUUUAAAGAAAAACAAAAAACAAAAGAUAGUGUUGCAAGUUCGUGCGUUCGUAUAUUCGUGUGUGUUGCAUUGUAUCGUGCGGGUCCCUUCUCUUAUAUAAACCAGUGUUGCCAACGACUGUAGUAGAAGAAGAAGAAGAAGAAGUGUUGCAAAUUGUACAUAGAAAACACUAUAACUAUAACAUUCAUCCAUCUUGUGUUACGUGUGUGUGUGUGUGUGUGUGUGUGUGUGUGUGUGUGUGUGUGUGUGUGUGUGUGUGUUGUAUGAUUAGAAACACAAAUACAACCACUAAUUAUGUUAUCUGUGUAUUCUAUAAGAGUAAAAUAUUAAUACAUUCAUA